CUCGAGACAACAGCGCCCCACGACAACGCUUCCAACUUUGUGUGACAACAGCGUCCUCUCCGGCGCAGAUCCUGAGUUGAUUUCAGAGGAACAAGAACAAUCGGCGUCGACACCCGAACCAAAACCCCACCUCGCCGUCGUCUGCCGCAACAAAGCAAUCGGCGUCGACACUCCGAACGUCGGCGAAAUUUGAGAUCAGAAUGAGUUCCAAAGAGAGCUACCGAGUGGAGCUUCGAUCCGCCGCCUGCCAUCUCAAUGAUCGCGGCCUCUACUGUGCCACCAAAUGUAGGGCUUUGGAACUCCUCGUAGAUCUGGACGUUCUCCCUUCGACAUCCUCGUCAGUUGUCUCCGUCCGUGCCAGUGUUGGCCCCUCUACCUCCGCGGCCAACGGCUUCCGCUCCUUCUCCCACUUGCACCCCGAUGCCUCCUGUCGUCGUUGCGUCCGCUCUGACUCUUCAGCUCCCACGUCAGCCGAGGCCGCUGUCACGCCCCAAGCCGGUGUAUCUUAUGUCAGCACGCCUCUACCUGCCGAUGAUGGGUUCGACGGCGGAAGCAAUGAUCGCUACCUCCUGGCCAAGUCAUACUUUGACUGCCGCGAGUACUGGCGGGCCAUCUACGUUCUCGAAAAUCAAACUGGGAAGAAGCGUCCUCUUCGUGCAACAACAGUUGCAAUUUGUUCCUCAUGUUGUUUGAUGAAAUGCAUCCACCAUGGUACUCCCAAUAUUGAUCAUGAUGCAAAUCCUGAGUUGAUUUCAGAGUACGAAGUUUACGGCUGGCCAUCACUCGUAAUCUUCAAAAAUGGUCAAGAGGUUCCAGAAAGUAAAAGAGAGGGUGCAAUCACCAAAGUUAAGUUGAAAGAGUACUUGGACAAUUUUUUGGAAUCCACAUCUGUAGCCUAACCUCGUCUCAGCUCAUCUUGAUGUAGACUAUCGUUAAUUCAUGAUGCAUCAGAAUCUAUAUAUCUCUGUGUAUAAAAAUCGA